AUGUCAUUCGACGACCUUAAGUUAAACGACAUUAUCCCACUUCCUUUCAGGAUCCUUCUAUUGGUCCAAUUCGGUAUCCACCUUUGGUAUACACUCGUGUGGUACUGUUAUAAGGUCCAUGGCAUAAACGUGUUGGCGUUGCUCAACCUUUCCUAUUCUCCACAUAAGUACCCUUCGAUAUCAUAUAUUGACGAAGCCAACUAUGGUGAGUUUGCUACGUCGUCUGUGGCAGACCUUUCAGAGAACCAGCACUUGGUCAAUGGCAUAAACCGUAACAUCAAGGUUACAUUAUUGGCUAACGUGAGUGGGCUCUUCUUUUACUGGUGUUCGGCGCUUUUCGUUGACGACGACUCGAAAGCGUUCUGGUUCUUCCGGGCUGUUCUGCCAACAAUACUCAUGAUACACACACUUUAUAGAUUCUUCCUACAACGGGGCACGAUUGCAACCGUCCGCAUAAACACUACGGUUAAGCGAAUUCUUUUUGGCGAUAUCAAUUCGUCGACUAUGAGAACAAACGAUAUCCUCCUAUCGGAUUCCUUGAUUUCUUACGCCAAAGUUAUUAACGAUUGGGGUAUGUUUGUUUGGAAGACAUACAUUCCUACAGAGCUGAACUAUAACGCUGAGCUCGAAACCUUUAUGCUUUCAAUGCCAGCGCUUAUUCGUAUGAAACAAUGUUGGUAUGAAUACCUGAUAACCAAGCAGAGACAGCACUUGUUUAACUUCUUGAAGUACUCCAUGAGUCUCGGUCCUGUGAUCAUCAAUUUACUCAUUAAGCUCAAGAUGACCCAGCUCACCGAAGAUGCUGAUGUUUCCGCUCAAUUGAACGUUCUUAAUCGCUGGUGGUACUUUUUGUCUACCAUCAGUGCAUCAUACCUGUUUUUCUGGGACGUGAAAAUGGAUUGGGGCUUUAGCAUGUUCGACAUCUUGUUGCACAGAAGAGGCUCCCAUUGGGUCCUUUUACGUGAGCCAAACAAGUUGGUUUACAAUAACACCAUUGCAUACUUCACCAUCAUAGGACUUGAUUUUGUGCUUCGGUUUAUCUGGGUUCUCAAACUCUUUGUUAUCAAGGAAACUGAGGUGAGAUUAGGUCUCAAGAACAAGGUUGGAAACUUCUUGUUUGGACUUGAUUUCUUAUCCUUGGGAUACGCUUUGCUUGAAUUUCUUGAAAUUGUCAGAAGGUGGCUUUGGUGUUUCCUUAAACUAGAAAGUGACUUGGUCAAACUACAAUAUGGCGAUACUAAGAACGCUAUCCCGCUAGCGUCCGUCAAGAUCGGGUAA